AUGGUAAACAAAAAAAGAGUUUUCGAGUUAAAGCAAUCCAAACCACAACGCUUAACUGAUAAAGCAAUGCACCAGUUAUUAACUAACUUAAAAAGAGAAGCCUACAAAACCCCAGAAGAGAAAGGCAGUUUUAGUCUAGAAGUAAUUUGUAGUGGUAAAGAUAUGCAGGAACCGAAUGAAACACCUUUACAAGCGGCUAAAAGAGAAGUAUUUGAAGAGACUAAUUUAAUAAUUGAAGAUUUAGAGAUAGUUGCUGAAAAAGAAUUUUUUAGUGAUGAACUACAAAAAAAUAAAACGGGUUAUCUGAUUAAAGCUAACAAAUACUCAGGAGAGAUAAAAAUCAAAGAAUCAGAGAAGAUUGCUGAUAUUCAAAUUAAUAAACCUUUUUUUGCUAUCAAAUUUGAA